AUGUACGUCUACACUACGACGACUGGAGCAGGCUGUGAGAAAUUCGGCAAGCACAUACAGAAGCGCCAGCUCGAUAUUCCCGAGUAUGCAUCGAGUUUUGUGGAUUACAAGGCGCUCAAGAAGCUUAUCAAAAAGCUGAGCGCCACGCCGAUACUCCCUCCUGCAUCUCAGGUCACCACCGAGGGUGAGCAGCUGCGGGACUCGCAGGCUGCUUUACAGGCGAACAAGGCAACGUUCUUCUUCCGACUUGACCGCGAGAUCGACAAAGUCGACACUUUCUACCUACAGAAAGAGGCGGAGCUCAGAAUACGGCUUCGAACAUUGCUCGACAAGAAGCGCGCACUAGAAUCUCGAGCAACGCCAGCUUCAAAGCUGUCCUCUGGCUAUGUACUCCUGGACGAAGGAUUUCGGCUAUUCAGCAAUGAUUUGGACAAAUUGCAGCAGUUCGUCGAAGUCAACCAGACUGCGUUCUCCAAGAUUCUGAAGAAGUGGGACAAAACAUCAAAGUCACGAACAAAGGAGCUCUACCUCUCACGCGCCGUGGAAGUGCGACCAUGCUUCAAUCGCGACGUUAUCAGCGACCUGUCCGACCAGGCUACGACUGGGUCGUUGGAGCUGCAAGCUUGGGCGGAAGGCGAGAAGAUCUCAUACACACCCGCUGUCGAACUGGAGAACAGAGUGCCAGUGGGUAGUCAGGAUGAGGAGGUUGAGAUACAGGUGUUGCAAGCCAUGAACGUCGGCAACACUGGAUUGAUCCGCGAGUGGGCCGCCCGCGUGAUGCAAGCUGGCGAUGCCCAGGAACGAAUCAGCCGAGUAUUCCUCAACAGUGUCAGCACUGGCAAUCCGGAAGCCCAGGAAGUUCUGUAUGCGACCAAGGUAAUCAACUUCAAUUAUGCCGAUGAGAUCAAUGAACGGAAUAGUAUGCAUGAGGCCGCGGUGAGUAACAAACCAGAUGUGCUUCGAGUCGCGAUAAGUGCUGGGUCGGAUAUUCGGGCACCGGAUGUGUAUGGCCGUAUACCAUUGCAUUAUGCUUGCAUGCACGGACGAGUCGAAAUGAUACACAUGCUCAGAGCUGCUGCGCCGGACACAAUCGAUGCCAAAGAUCUCGACAAUUUCACACCACUCAUCCAUGGCAUCGUGCAUGCACAAACAGCGAGUGUCGAGGCAAUGCUACAACAUGGCGCUGUGGUGGAUCCUCUGGGCGAGAACGACCAUAUCCCUCUCAAUCUGGCUUGCCAGUACGGCACUGUUGCAAUCGUGGAUCAGCUUCUUCGAUAUAACCCUCGAAUACUGCCGGACGCAGAAGGCCUGUUUCCACAGCAUCUUGUGGCACGCUUCGGUGGUAAUAAGCAGAUUUUAGUCCUACUGAAAUCGCACGGCAUCGAUAUGGACCAAGCUGACAAGCUAUACUCAUGGACGCCAAUUUUCCAUGCUGCAAGUGAAGGCCAUCUGCAUUGUCUUCAGCAGCUUCUACAGUUCAACGUCGAGGCAAGCGUGCUCGACGAGAAAGGACUGUCGGCAGUAUACUAUGCAGCAUGGGAAGGUCAUCUAGACUGCAUGCAGCUGCUUGCACAGAUCACGACAUCUCAAGUCACCAUCCGAGAUACUGUCGACGUGCAGAUGGUACCUAUCGAGCCUCCACCCCUUUCAGCAGGCACGCCGGCGAUGACACAGCCUGAAGCUGAGCUCAUACCAUCACUAAGCUUGCCGCCACCCAUCAUCCCGCUACGACGAUAUGGCCACAACUUCCUCGACACCACGAAGACAUUCAUCCUCUUAUCCUUCGACGACCUUGGAGCCGAUGCCAUCGAGUUUUACGGCGACAGCAAGUACCCUGCGGCUCGCCUCACCAUAUCGUCAAAGUCAUCCGACCUCAUACCUCGCAAUGUGCCACUACCUGUACAGGACGACUUCAAGCACAUCUCCUUUCAGAUUGAAAAUCUCGACACCUUCAGCAUCGAUUUCGACAUCUAUCCUACCUUCGGCAGUAAAGUCAUCGCGCGGGCAGCGGCAUCGAGCCGUGUCUUCACUGGCAAAGCUAGCAGCUCCGGUAUCUGGCAUCUUGAGCUCUUCGAUCCUCGACUCCGCGCGAUCGGCCGCAUCAGCUUCCGUUACCAGGUCGUCACACCUUUUCAUGGCAUACCUCUUGAGAUCACCCACUUCGCCACGUACUGGAAAGCCACGAGUCAGUACGAGAAUCAUCCUAGCAACCUCAUCACGGGCAGCAGCUUAUCUGGCGACUUCAUGCGACUGUUUGUGCAGUACACAAGAGAUGGUGUACCAGUGCUAUACAACGACUGGGCGUUACCGAGUAGCCGAAACGACCUCGUCAGCCGUCUGAAUUAUUCCGAAUUCAAGCAGGCUGGCCUUGAUGUUGGUCGUGGCAAAGGUGUCGUGCAAGGUCUCGUCGGCUCGGGCAUUAAUCCCAACAACUUAUCCGCCGCACAACGACAGGUUGCGAGGUCCUACGCUUCUCUAGCCGAUGCACUCGCUGUCUUACCGGCGGAUCUGAACCUCGAAAUCCAUAUUUGCUACCCGAGUCGGACAGAGGAGGAGGCUCUACAACUAGGGCCGACGCAGAACAUAAAUGCGGUGGCCGAUGCCGUGCUCACCGUCGUCUUUGACCAUGCGAGACAACUCAGAGAGUCGAAGGAUGCGGCGCUCAGGAGCUUUGUGUUCUCCAGCUACAAUGCCGAUGUUUGUACUGCAUUGAACUGGAAGCAGCCGAAUUACCCAAUCUUACUAUGUAACGAGCUUGGAGUGACAGCACCAAGCGCCCAGCAAGGUAGCAAUUCCUCCAUGGUAUCAAGCUGUGGUCGCUCCUCGGCCUCCAUCAAAGAAGCUGUCCGCAUCGCACAGUCGAACAACUUCAUGGGAUUGGUAUGCACUUCCCGCCUACUUGAGCUCGUGCCCGCUCUCGUCAACUCGGUCAAGGAAGCUGGUCUCGUUCUUAUCUCGGACUUCAGUCACAACGGCAAGUCGAGGAGGCCAAGCCUGCAUGAACUUCCACAGGGCGUUGACGGGCUGCUGGUGGAUAAUGCUGUGCUUCGCUUCAAGGACGCUAUUGAUCAGUAG